AUGACCUUCCUCCUGGUCUCCUUGCUGGCAUUCCUGAGCUUAGGCUCAGGAUGUCAUCAUCGGAUCUGUCACUGCUGGCACAGGGUUUUCCUCUGCCAAGAGAGCAAGGUGACGGAGAUUCCCUCCGACCUUCCCAGGAACGCAGUUGAACUGAGGUUUGUCCUCACCAAACUUCGAGUCAUCCCAAAAGGAGCAUUCUCGGGAUUUGGGGACCUGGAGAAAAUAGAGAUCUCACAGAAUGAUGUCUUGGAAGUAAUAGAGGCAAAUGUGUUCUUCAACCUGUCCAAAUUACAUGAAAUUAGAAUUGAAAAGGCCAACAACCUACUAUACAUCGACACUGAUGCCUUCCAGAACCUUCCCAACCUCCGAUAUUUGUUAAUAUCCAACACAGGUAUUAAGCACUUGCCAGCUGUUCACAAGAUUCAAUCUCUCCAAAAGGUUCUACUAGACAUUCAAGAUAAUAUAAACAUCCACACAGUCGAAAGAAACUCUUUCAUGGGGCUGAGUUUUGAAAGUAUGAUUUUAUGGCUGAAUAAGAAUGGCAUUCAAGAAAUACACAACUGUGCAUUCAAUGGAACCCAACUAGAUGAGCUGAAUCUAAGUGAUAACAUUAAUUUGGAAGAAUUGCCUAAUGAUGUUUUCCAGGGAGCCUCUGGACCAGUCAUUCUAGACAUUUCAAGAACCAGGAUCCAUUCCCUGCCUAGCUAUGGCUUAGAAAAUCUUAAGAAGCUUCGUGCCAAGUCAACAUACAACUUGAAAAAGCUUCCCAGUCUGGAUAAGUUUGUCGCACUCAUGGAGGCCAGCCUCACCUACCCUAGCCACUGCUGUGCCUUUGCAAACUGGAGACGGCCAGUGUGA